AUGACACUAUUCACACACACCCUCCACAGCCACGUCCUGUUCCCUCCACGCUACACGACCACGCCCUCUAUACUCCUCCUGGACAAUGUCUUAUCUACUCACAGCCUCCACAGCCACGUCCUGUUCCCUCCACGCUACACGACCACGCCCUCUAUACUCCUCCUGGACAAUGUUUUAUCUACUCACAGCCUCCACAGCCACGUCCUGGUCCCUCCACGCUACACGACCACGCCCUCUAUAUUCCUCCUGGACAAUGUCUUAUCUACUCACAGCCUCCACAGCCACGUCCUGGUCCCUCCACGCUACACGACCACGCCCUCUAUACUCCUCCUGGACAAUGUCUUAUCUACUCACAACCUCCACAGCCACGUCCUGGUCCCUCCACGCCACACGACCACGCCCUCUAUACUCCUCCUGGACAAUGUCUUAUCUACUCACAGCCUCCACAGCCACGGCCUGUUUCCUCCACGCUACACGACCACGCCCUCUAUACUCCUCCUCCUCCACAGCCACGUCCUGGUCCCUCCACGCUACACGACCACGCCCUCUAUACUCCUCCUUGACAAUGUCAUAUCUACUCACAGCCUCCACAGCCACGUCCUGUUCCCUCCACGCUACACGACCACGCCCUCUAUACUCCUCCUGGACAAUGUCUUAUCUACUCACAGCCUCCACAGCCACGACCUGGUCCCUCCACGCUACACGACCACGCCCUCUAUACUCCUCCUGGACAAUGUCUUAUCUACUCACAGCCUCCACAGCCACGCCCAGUUUCCUCCACGCUACACGACCACGCCCUCUAUACUCCUCCUGGACAAUGUCUUAUCUACUCACAGCCUCCACAGCCACGGCCUGUUUCCUCCACGCUACACGACCACGCCCUCUAUACUCCUCCUGGACAAUGUCAUAUCUACUCACAGCCUCAACAGCCACGUCCUGGUCCUCCACGCUACACGACCACGCCCUCUAUACUCCUCCUGGACAAUGUCUUAUCUACUCACAGCCUCCACAGCCACGUCCUGUUCCCUCCACGCUACACGACCACGCCCUCUAUACUCCUCCUGUGGGCGCCUCCACAGCCACGUCCUGUUCCCUCCACGCUACACGACCACGCCCUCUAUACUCCUCCUGGACAAUGUCUUAUCUACUCACAGCCUCCACAGCCACGUCCUGUUCCCUCCACGCUACACGACCACGCCCUCUAUACUCCUCCUGGACAAUGUCUUAUCUACUAACAGCCUCCACAGCCACGUCCUGGUCCCUCCACGCUACACGACCACGCCCUCUAUACUCCUCCUGGACAAUGUCUUAUCUACUCACAGCCUCCACAGCCACGUCCUGUUCCCUCCACGCUACACGACCACGCCCUCUAUACUCCUCCUCCUCCACAGCCACGUCCUGUUCCCUCCUCGCUACACGACCACGCCCUCUAUACUCCUCCUGGACAAUGUCUUAUCUACUCACAGCCUCCACAGCCACGUCCUGUUCCCUCCACGCUGCACGGCCACGCCCUCUAUACUCCUCCUGGACAAUGUCUUAGCUACUCACAGCCUCCACAGCCACGUCCUGUUUCCUCCACGCUGCACGGCCACGCCCUCUAUACUCCUCCUGGACAAUGUCUAUCUACUCACAGCCUCCACGCAAAUAUGCAUACCGUAUUCGACGUAA